CCAAUCAGAAGACUGUGUUUGUUUACUUGAAUAAGCUAUAAUAAUGUGCAUGCAAUAUAUAUUAAUACGUGCUGAUUCCCGUAAUAAAACGAUCUAUUGCCUGUCCUUGUCUUCUGUUGUUACAAUUGGUGUCGCUGCCUCCAAAAAAUGAAGAUCCCAUGGCCAACUGCGUUUGAAGUAGGAGACUUACGGAGCUUUUUACGUGACUUCGAGGCCGUCGCUGAGCUGAUAGGUGUCAAGGAGCAGGCGGCGAAGGCAGUUGUUCUGGGGACGCUGUUGAGAGGCCGAGCGAAGGCGGUAUAUGACAGCGUAGACAAGUCAAAUGGCACAGCGUCUUGGAAGAAACUGGUUGAACGAUUGGUGUCGGAGUUUGACAGAGGAGAUACUGCCCAGAAAGGCGAAAAAGAAAAAGUUUCAGACGGUAUAAUACUAGUCCUUUCUCUCGUAUGAAACUAGAUUUAGCGGGGGCUAUUGG